ACAAUCUUUUGGAGAACACAACAAUCUUUUGGAGAACACAACAAUCUUUUGGAGAACACAACAAUCUUUUGGAGAACACCACACUCUUUUUCAGAACACAACGAAAUUUCCUGAUUCACAACAAUCUUUUUCGAAACACAAUAAAAUUUUCUGAUACACAAACGCAAACUAAAACACAACAAAAUUAAUUGAAACACAACGAAAUUUCAAAGUACUGGUAACUAACCCUGAUGCUGAAAGCAACCGGAACCUGGGAUUAGCUCUGGUCACAUGGACCCUUUGCUCUUGUCCAUCCCGCUGACCGCCAUGUUUUGUCACAGUUGUGGUGGUUGGAGAAGAGCAGAUCACAAGUUUUGCCCAAAGUGCGGUGUAACUUUAUCUUCGUCGUCAGCUAGUCAAGUGUCCUCUUUCAAGAAAUUUUUAUCCCAAAAGUCGAAAGAGAGACAAACCACCUUCAAUUCCAAGUCCAAGAAAGCGAAGAUGGACGAAUUUGUAACCAUAACCAUCGGGAUUGGUUCUCUAUCGUGCGGCGUUUUCAAGCCCGUGAGAGGCAAGUCCCUUCCCCUAAAAGUCAAGAAACAUGCCUCAGCCGAGGCAAUACUUGACGAAGCCUUGAAGAAACGAAGUUCUUACGACCGUACUUUCAGAAGUGACAAGACUUAUAAACUGUGCUUUCCGGAUGGAAACGAAGUGAGCACUCUUCCGGGAACAAAAGAGCCAUUUACAUUGGAAAAAUACAAGGAAGACCUUGGGAAGACUUGCACACGCAUUACGUUGUUCUUAUGCCCAUUAGAAGAUGCUUCAGACACUGAACCCGAGCGGACUUGCACGUCAGAAUUAGAGAGCUUAAGUGAUGAAUGGUUGAAUGACUUAGAUCUUGGUGAUGAUGACAGGGAUAUAUUCCCAGCAUUUGACGCUGCGUCCACUGGAUCUUUUACUAGUACAACUUCGAGUGGAGUUCAGUGCAGUUCUUCUGGUUUUGUCCCUGUGGAUGUCACUCAAAGUAUUGGAUCAGUUACCAGAGCAGAUGAUAUCACAGGUGUUACAUCAAAUGCCAACCAAGCUGCUGCUCACAGUGAUGCUGGCCAAGCUGCCAUAUCAGAUAGCAAUGAUGCUUUGAACUCUGAUGAUGUCAGUGAACAUGCGUUGACUAGUGGAUGCCCUGUAUCUGGUGGUGAAAGUCAGCUUAGUGAUGGAAAUGUACUUAGUGAUUUUGACAAUGGUAAUGCACCUGUAUUAGUCAAGGAUGUGUUUGUACACAGAUCCCAAGUUCUCAAAGACUUGAUAGAAGCAUUCAAAGCUCUGGACAUUCCUACCUACAGGGGCCACCUAAAUCUAGUUAUAAUUAAUGAGCGUGGGGAGAUUGAGGAAGGGAGAGGUCUUGGUGUAGUGCGAGAAGUAAUCACAAUGUUUUGGCACCAAUUUUUUACGUCUUUGUCAACCGGUGCAACAGAGAAAGUGCCUUCAGUAAGGCAUACCAGCACCUAGAAUGGGAAGCCAUAGGUAAAAUAUUGGUGUAUGGGUAUUGUGAAAUUAAGUAUUUCCCAGUAGCUCUUUCGGGUGUUUUCAU